UUAAAGCGACACGGCCGAAAGACUGGCCCUAUGCAGAGCUUCUCUCUCAUGUUUUGCUGCUCCAAGGCUGGGCUCAGCCUCGGCUGCAAUCAAGGGUUCGCAGGGCGCUGUCCGUGGUUCUGAAAGAGAUGCAGGCUGUCUUCAUCGUGGGCCAGUGGAGCUAUUCUUGGUGCUGAAAAGGCUGCUGCAACGGCAGGGCUCAAUAAAAGCAAGAGAUCCUCACUUGCCCAGCUCUUCUCAGUCUCAGGACAGCCGGACUCUGGGUCUCAGUCCCAGCCACCCCCUCCAGCCCCUCCCUCCAGCACCAGGCAAGCUGUCUUGCCUGGUGCUGUCCUUCGCACCCUUUCCCUUCCAGGAGGAAAAUGGAGCAAGGCUGGAGUUGGGAAAAGGGCUGGGCUGGCUUGCUGCAGUGAACUCUGGCCCGGACCCCAAGGUUUUUUCCUCCUCCACUCAAGAAAAGGAGUCUCUAGGAAGAAAUGGAGACCUACUGGGGCUACCAGAGUGGGGCUGGCAGCCCUUAUGCCUACCAGGGAAUGGGUGCCAACAGCACUGGCAUCCAAGGUGGCACUUACUACAAUGAGGACCUUCUGCACAAGACUAUCCUGGUUGGAGACAGCGGAGUGGGGAAAACAUCACUGCUGGUUCAAUUUGACCAGGGCAAGUUCAUACCAGGCUCUUUUUCUGCAACCGUGGGCAUCGGAUUUACCGUGAUGCUGCUUGGAGAUUCAGGCGUGGGGAAAACCUGCUUCCUCAUCCAGUUCAAAGACGGGGCCUUCCUCUCUGGGACCUUCAUAGCCACUGUCGGCAUAGACUUCCGGAACAAAGUAGUGACAGUGGAUGGUGUUAAAGUGAAACUGCAGAUCUGGGACACUGCAGGCCAGGAGAGGUUCCGGAGUGUGACUCAUGCUUACUACCGAGAUGCACAAGCACUGCUCCUCCUCUACGAUAUCACCAGCAGAAUGUCCUUUGACAAUAUUAGGGCUUGGCUCACAGAGAUCCAUGAAUAUGCUCAAAAGGAUGUGGUCAUUAUGCUGCUAGGCAAUAAGGCUGAUGUGAGCAGUGAAAGAGUUGUAAGAACAGAAGAUGGAGAAUCACUAGCCAGGGAGUAUGGAGUGCCUUUCAUGGAGACCAGUGCAAAGACUGGUAUGAAUGUGGAACUGGCAUUUCUUGCCAUUGCAAAAGAACUCAAACAGCGAGCGAUCCUGCAGCCAGAAGAACCCCGGUUCCAAAUCCAUGACUACAUAGAGUCACAGAAGAAGCGGAGCAGCUGCUGUUCCUUCCUUUGAGGGAGGAGGAUGUCAGGUCAGCCUUGAGGACCUAAUGCCAGGGAAAGAGCGCAAGAAGCAGACCAGCACAUUGGAAAUGCAAGGAAGAGGAACUGUUGGGCUGUGAGGGCAGAAUCCUCUCCAAAAGCAAAACUUUAUAGAGAACAUUUUUCUGAGAUUAUAUACAGGACACCCAUCAUGCCAGUCUUGGGGGGUGUCUAUAUCUAUGUUUAUGUAUGAAUAAGGAUGUGUGUG